AUGGAAGCUGGUCACAUCAACACCAACAUCAAAAGCCAAAGAAAUAUCAAUCUGAAGGGAAAGUGUUUGCACUGGCAGGAUCUUAGACUACCAAUUCUGACAGUGUCUACUAUGAGUAGUGGACUAAUUAUCGAUACUCCAACUAAUGGGUUAAUGACUACUUCUUUAAUCUUCUUGAAUUGUCCUCUGUCAAUCUAUGGUAGAGACUUUGGUGUGGAUUUAAUUUGUCUGCCACUAAGUGAUAUUUAUGUCAUUUUGGGGAUGAGCUGGUUGGAAUUUAACCAUGUUCAUAUCAAUUGCUACAACAAGUUAGUACGAUUUCUUUCUCCUAAAGAAGAAGAAGAAGUUUGUUUCAUAUCUGCUAGUCAAUUGGAAGAGUUGUUGAAAGAUGAAGCUAAAGUGCUUGCAAUGUAUGCUUCCUUAUCCGUUGAGAGUCAAAUAUUAGUUGAAGGGCUACCAGUGAUAUGUGAAUUUCCAAAGGUGUUUCCAGAUGAUAUUUCAAAUUUACCGCUAGAGAGAGAGAUUGAGUUUGCUACUGAUCUUGUUUCUGGUACUAGACCUGUUUCUUUGGCAGCAUACAAAAUGUCAACAUAA